CAAGAGGAGUCGUUAUGAUGAUAUUUCCCAGUGGAUCUGAAGUGAAUGGGUGAACAGUUGCUGUACAGAGGAGCAGGAACUCAACAGAGCGCGUUUUGGAAUGCGUAGAAUGGCUGCUCCUGUCUGCUGAUAUGAUCUACAUUCCCCAGUUUUGCCCGCUAGACGGUCAUCUAGUGGGAUAAACCUCCGUGGAGACGUUGGUUUUGCGGACGCGGAGCUCCGUCGCCGUGUUUACGUUUGACCGCGUGUAGCAACGAGCGGACGCGGCCGAACCGAGGCGAUCAGCAUGGAGACGUACGCCCCUAAAAUGAGCCGAGUUCUGAUGACACCCGACCCACAUUAUAUUCCCGGAUACGCAGGCUACUGCCCGCAGCUGAAGUUCAACAUGGGCCGGUCCUACGGGCAGCUCACAGCCCAGCUGCUGACCAGCCCUGAGGUGAAGCACUCCAGCCGCCGGGUCCUCCACGCGGGUCACGUCCCCUCGGAGCCCGGCGCCGACCGGACACCGAGAAGCCCCGUCAGUGACACGACGAAGACAAUACCAGGAUACACGGGCUUCAUCCCAAAGAGUCGCAACUACUUCGCCUGCAGCUAUUCCGAGACGUGUCGUCGAGCGCUGACAGAGUUCUACCAGGACCGGCGCGUGAAGCUCUGGCAGCCGUCGACCUGCCAGGACCUGCCGGCCGCCGUCGACCUCACCAAGCCGCCGUCAGAAGGCCCGAAACCUCCUCUGACACCACAGUCAGACGCAGUGUUUUGCUACAAGCCGUUGAAGAGCUUCACUCCUGUAGGAAACCCAUAUUUAAUGGAGGAUGAUGACGAUUCACACAAGUACUUCAUCUCAGGAUUUACAGGACACGUGCCCAAAUCCCGCUUCCUGUUUGGUCAGGGGUACCCCGUCACCACCAACCAGGCACUGGUCCAGUUCAGGAAGCAGCAGCAGCAGCAGCGUGAGGCCGGGUCACACCGCCCCUCGGGGAGCACCGGCGGCGGAGCCUCCCUGCCCACUAUCUAUCCAUCAAACAGGGGCGUGGUGCCGUCGUUUACGGGUCACAUCCCAGGCUACAGGUUUAUGUACGGACGCACGUUCGGCCAGCUCUCCCAGAAUGCACUGGGAAAGAGCGGCAUCAAGAGGGUCCUUCAGGAAGAGGCCUAAAAGCGAGAAACCAAUGAAGUAACCGGUUGGGCGAGUCGAACCCGAUCACUUAUCAGGACGGCCUCGCAUUUCUGUGAAGACUCACGUGUACAAAUAAACGCUUGGCGCAGACACAAAGACA